AUGUUGGUCACAUUUAACUCGAGAGCUAGAGAUAAAACGAAAAGUUUGAAAGCCAUCAGUGCUAGACCCUCACUGCCGAUUAUGUCCACCCCACCAGAGUUGGAGACACAUAAAAUAACAAACCCAGAUACACCCUCAAGCACAACCACCCUGAUUGGAUCCAAAAAGGGAUCAGUUAAAAUAAUACAAAGUUCAAAAGAUUUCUAUAAAUUCAAAGAAACAAGUCGAUCAAAGAAUGGAUGUCUAACAUGUAAAAUUCGAAAGAAGAAGUGUGACGAAACUAGACCCAUUUGUUCCGAUUGUAAAAGACUAAAGAAGAAAUGUACUUGGGCAGACUAUGAUUCCAUGACAGAGUUAGAAAUUAAGAAAUUAAAACAAGCAGUAGAGAAGGAGGAAAGUAAACAAAAGCUACGUAAGCGGAAAUCAAAAGCAAAACGAUUGAAAUCUGAAACUGACAAAGCUGAUAUUGAUGGGGACAACAACGACAAUACCAACGAGAACGAUAAUGGCAUAAAACAAAACGACGAUGAAGCAGACAAGAUCAUCCAUGAACCUAAUACUGUUAAUAAUGAAACAAAUGGACUCUACAAAGUGUCUUCCUUUCUUUCUGAUUCGGGAGGAGACCCUCUUAAAAUAUUCGGUUAUAAUUCCAACCUACGCUCCACUCAAACUGAAAGCCAUUCAACAGAGCCUGACGCGUCACCAAAUGGGCCUCCAUCUCCAACACUUCUGAGUUUAAUGAAUCCAAUCUUGGAUUCCAAUGCUCCAAAUCCACCAACUACAAAUCCCCAGGAAAUGGCUCCUUUAUUCGAUUACAAAGAACAAAAUUCCCCAGGCGCAUUCUUAUCAUUUUUGCGAGAGUUAAGUGGACAUAUUCCCCAUGAAUCCUCAAACAAAAUUGAAGACCUUGAAAAUAAUGAUCAAACAAUUAAUAAUAACAACAAUUCACAUAUGGAUGUUCGAGAUAUAAUGUCUUCCAAUGAAUUCACAUCCUUAAUCCACUCACUUGAAGAGCCAUAUCAUGACUAUGACGGAAAUAGUGCGUUGACCACAUUAUCUCCUGCCCAGCGUGACUACAAUCAAAACCUAAUAUCUAAUUUGAAUUCAUUUUUGACUCCGAUCCCACCAAGUCCAAGUUAUAUCCCCGAACUUGCGGAUCCAACAUGUUCAUAUUUAUAUAACUAUUAUGUAGAAGUUGUUUCCAAAAAAGUUUCGAUUGCACCUAUAUCCCAAAAUGAAUCAAAUUCUUAUCAGAAAAUUUUCCUACCAUUGGCACACAAAGACAAAGGGGUAUUCUAUAGUAUCCUAGCAUGGUCGGGGUAUUUCUUAGGUGGACGUUGGGAAGAGGAAGGAAUGAAAUAUGCGGAUUAUGCGGUCAAGCAUAUGGGCAAAAUAAUUAAUCGAAAAGGUAUGACUCAAGAAGAUCGACAAACUAUUGUGAAUAAAUUAGCCACUUUAAUGAUUUUAUGUGGAGCAGAAAUAUGUAAAGGAGAUGUUAAAAAUUGGUCAGUAUUUUUAAAUUGGGGUUGGAAAUUGUUGGCUGGAAAUGGUGGGAUUUUAAAUUUUAAUAAACUGAAAGAAGAACAUUGGUUAAUUUCAAAUUUUGCCUAUCAUGAUUUAUUGGCUUCUUCUACAACCGAACGAGGGACGUAUUUCCCAUCUGAGGAAUAUGAUAUGAUAUUUAUGGAUAAAGAAGGAUUUUCUAAAGCCAGUUUAAAUCCAUUACUUGGUGUUUCCAAGAAAUUGUUUAAACUUAUUGGAGAUAUCUCAACAUUGGUUUAUGAAAGUAAGAAAAUUCUAAGUGAAUUUUAUAAUCGUGAAUUUUCAAGUCCAACCAUUCCCGUUUCACAACCACUUAUCCAAGAAGAUGAAGAUGAAAACAUGGAAGAUCAAGAUGAUUUUAUUGGAUCACCAUUAUUCGGGGAUGCUUCAGAAAUCAGUGAUCAUGGAAAGGCAAGUCGCUUACUUCAAUCAGUUAUUGAAAAAGUAAAGACCUUAGAAUUCGAAAUCGAUUCCUCCAAACCUGAAAAGGAAGACUUGAUGUAUUUGACUGAUCAAGAAUUAGAACUUCAAUUAACUCUUUUCGAAGCCUUCCAAAUCAGUGCUAAAUUAUUCCUCCGUCAGUCAAUCAUGAAAUGUAAUCCAUCAAUGUUGGAAUCACAAGUAUUGAACAACGAUUUAAUCAAAUGUUUAGACAUCUUAGUAGGUACUUCGGUGCAAGCAUCACUCGUGUUUCCAAUAUUUAUGUCAGGUAUUCAUUGUGUAACCAAACAUGAUCAGGAUGUAAUGAGGUAUAGAAUUGGUGAAUUUAUGAAAUUAUAUGGGAUUUGGAAUGUUAGUAGAGUAAGAUUUGUGCUUGAAAAGAUAUGGGAACUGAAUCCUGCUGGGAAUAUGGUGGUUGAUUGGCAUCAAAUCUUGAAUGAUUUGAAUUGGGAUCUUAAUUUUGCAUGA